AUGACACUUAGUGCAACUAGAGGGACGAUCGUAAAACAUGCGUCCGACAUGAGUCCAGUGGAAAGCUUCAAGUGUGGGGCGCGUUGCUGCUGUGUUGCUGGUGAUGCCGUUUGGGUGGCAGAGUUGAAGGGCGGCAUUGCGGUGUGCGACGCCCAGCGAGGGAGCAUACUGGAGCGUGUUGCUGUUGGUGAAAGCGACCAGCGUGUACAUUUCAAGUCCAUGGCACUUGUGCAUGGUGAGGUUUGGGCGGGCACGAUCACUGGGGUGGUUCAUGUCUUUGAUGCAUCUGGGCGGCGGUGGAAGCAGUCUAUGACAGUUUUAGGUGUGGAGGCGACGGCUCCAAUUUUGUCACUUUUCUUUGACGGCUUUUCGGUGCUAGGAGGCUCGGAAACUGGUCGCAUCGUGCAGUGGAACCCGUUUACAAAGAGGCAGGUGACAGUUUUUGUCGCCCUUGCGCCUGUGACAGCAGUGACAGUUGCCGCGGGAUUCAUUGUUAGCGGCGAUCGCAGUGGCGUUGUGCAGUUAUGGGACCCCCGUAGCGGGGAGGCGGUGUACGAGCACACACAAGACGCUGUUGCCGUCACAAGUCUUCUCGCUGAGACGAGCACAGAAACGCUGUGGGUGGGACGACGCAACGGCACUGUUAGCGUGUACGCCCUUGCGGCAUCUAUGGGCUUUACUGGGCGACUUUCAGUUGGUGACGGUGCUGUUACGUCCAUGCUAGCGGUUAGUGGAAAAGUAUUAGUAACAUCCUACGACAGGGCCAUUGUUGUGUUUGCCGCCAAAACACGCGAAGAACUUAGCCGUGCGAAGCUGGCACACGACGCCUUUAUUCAUUACGCCUCACGCGUGUACGCCGCAGAGACGGCACGCAUCUGGACAAUUGGGAAUGAUGGUGUGGUUCAUGUGUGGGAUGUGGCGGGAUAUUAUUUGCCAUGUCAGUCACCACCUAUCAUCCGUCCAUGCGAUCAGGCGGCCAUGGUGCAUGACGCCAGGGGGGCGUUGACGAUAGAGAACGCACAGUUAACCACUCGUGUGGCGGAAUCCCUUAGUCGGGUGGCAGAUGUAAAGGAGGAGUUGCGACAGACGAAGGAUGAGGCACAUGAAAUGCGUCUUCGGUUGAUUUCGUUUGAACACGUACUCAAGGAAAAGGACGCAGAGAUCGCGUCGCGUGCAGCUCGCGUAAAGGAGCUUGAAGAGGACGUGAACAGAUUUCAGAAAACUGUCACGGACAGUAACGCUCGCGCCGAUGCAGCGCAGCGGGAGACCAACAUGCUUCGCGCGGACUACCACACUGCCUUGCACGACGCCUCUCAGACUAAGGCGCAGCUCUCUGCCAAGAUUGCGGAAAAGGCGAGCGUUGAGCAGCGGUUGUUGUCUGUUCGCACUGAGAAUUCACACCUGGAGAUUCGGCUUCGUGAUCGCGAGGGUGAGGUGGCGCAGUUGAAGGCCGAAAAUGCGCGUCUGCACGCGGCGGUGGGACAACUUACGUCGUCAAGGUCUACAGACCGGGAACUGCAUGAAAAACUCCUCGCCAACGCGGAGGGUGCCGUGCGGCAGGAAUUGGAGGAAUUGCGAAAGCGUUGUAAGGUUUUGGGAGGCAUGCUUGUCUCCAUGGAGUACACUAUCCGGCGCAAAGAGGAGGAGGAACGUGACAUGACGGCACUUAUGAAUGCCCUUCGUCGAAGGGUUGCAGAAAGUGUCACGGAUCUCCAUCUGGCUGCGCUGCUUAAUCUCACGAUGGUGCGCAAUCCCGAACGGUUUGAGAUGGAGUGCGACGAGCACACAAAAUCGUUGCUAUGUGAACGUAAUGGACCCUUUGUACAGUUUAUUCAGGCCCUACGCGAUCGUGAUCCACAGGCGUAUGAGCAACUGCUUGCAUACCUUCAGCAUCCAGAGGUGGGAUCUCGCUUCAGCCCCCUCCUUGACCAGAUUUUAAGCCUGGCUCAGAGGGAGGGAGCCGCGUCGGACGACGAUAUUGUUAGCUUCAAAAAGAGCUUGCCGGUUCUUCUUAAUUCACUGAACAGCAUGAAUGCGGCAGACACUCGAGCUGAGGCUGGAGGAACCUCAGGAGGUGCCACCCUUGCCAUGGGAACAGGUUGGGCAAAAGUGAAUCCUUCAUUGUCGCCAACUUCCGCCACCGAUGCAAAGCAAGCUGUUGUUGGAGUUGGCAACACGGGUAUCGGGGGUGGUAGCGUUGGGGCUUGCCCGGCUGGGAGCAACGGUGCCACUCUCAAUGCUACAACUGCGCAGCGUCCAUCUCAGCAGCAACAACAGGCGGCUAUGGGAGCUUUAGAAGUUGGUGACGCAGGAAGAAUACUACCGACAGAUGUCGAUGAAUUCAAGAACGUUCUACGAAACAUGAAUAUCACCGUUGAACUACCCGACAUGGUCGGGAUGGGAGCAUUUGGCGCGGGGGAGGACGGUUACCUAAAGCAACUUCGAAAUGCGUUUGAGUUUAUUUUGCAGACACGCCGCGACUUGGUUCAGAAAAUGGGAAUUCUACUGAAACGCAUCGUGAAGGCGCGCCAAGUUAUAGAUGCUCUGACGAGUAACGCGCGAGAGACUUCAUUCCCCACACAGCGCCACCUUUCUGGCAGCGUUGGUGCACAUGUUGGGAGGCAUAAUUUGGGUUCUGUAGCUACAAAUAUGUUAGAGGAACUUCAACGCUUUGUUUCAGGUAUUCUGGCGGUGUACUUUACUGCGGCAGAGAAGCAACGAUUAGGAGUAGAUGCAGAUGCCUAG